AUAUGGCAUCACUGAAAUCAUUUUGUUUUUUGAGGUUACUUUUCCACUUUGUUCACUUUCAUAACACAGUGCUCUUCUAUUAAUUUUACAAUUUUUUUAAUCAACUAAAUAUGCCUUCCUAUGAAUUGGCAGUGGUUUUGCGACAAAUGUCCAGACCGGAGGUUGUUUCGGUGUUGAAGCGCACCGCCGGAUCACUUUUGGACAGAGGCUGCGUAAUCAGGAAAUUGGAGAAUUUAGGCACAAGAGCGUUACCGCAUAAAAUCAGUGAGCACGGUAUAGUGCAUCGCGAAGGCACCUACUUCACCAUAUCGUUCGAUGCAGCACCAACAAAAAUAAGUGAUUUUAUGGAAGAGUUCGGACGUGAUAUUGACAUUGUACGACGACGCAUAUUUAAGAUAGAAGAACCUGAAGAAUUCCAAUGCACAUUACAUGAGGAAAUGUUGCCGCCAGCAUAUCGCAAGGAUGUCCAAGAAAUGAUAGAUAUAGCGAAGCGCAAACAAAAGAGAAAAUUCAAAUACAAUUCUGGUUUAGAUUACUAUCCUUUCCAAAAAUAAGGGGACAAAAAUAUAAUUGUUCAAUUAAUUUUUAUUAUAAUAAUAAUUAAAGUUGUUGAUAUACGAGUAAAAUAAAAAUUAGUGCUGUAAAAAACCUCGAUGCAAC